CAUCAACAACACCAUUUACACCAUCAUCAACCACACCAUUAACACCAUCAUCAACAACACCAUCAUCAACAACACCAACAACACCAUCAUCAACAGCAACAACAAAAACAAUGACAAAUGCAGGUAUGCCCAGCACAACAAAUUCUGAUAUAUAGCACAACUGCAUGAUAAUGGUGAAAAUGUGUAUUAGUAUUGAGAACUGUUGCUGAAAUCUGUUUAAACCUGUUUAAAUUGACACGUAGUCUCUUUAGACAUAUAUUAUGUCAAUGACAACAUAUAUAUUGAAAACCAAGUCAUAUCAGUUUAUUUCACAUUUUUGGCCUCUAGCAAUAUUAAGACACAAGUACAUCAAAUUCAUUUAUUGUUUUUCAUGUUUAAGAAAACAAAUUAUAGAUUGAUAAACGCAUUGCUUUUUAAUUGUUUUGUUUCAUGCAGAUAAAAUAUUCAUAUUUUUGUUGUACUAAUUUUUUUUUAUUCAGCAGUGUACAGCAGGUACUGUGAAUAUAAAUUUAAAUCUUGAACAAAAAUAAAUUAUGUCUGAAUUAAGAUGAUAUUUUUGUUGUAAUGCAUGUCAAAAUAACAGGAAAUAAUUUUCACCAAUGUUCAUCUUGCAUACCCGUAACUGGGUAAUUUUAAUAUUUUAGUAUUAGUGUUGUUUUAAGGAUUGAGGAUUGUGGCUUAAACCUGUUGAUGCAAUGCACAUUAAUGUACACUUGUUUUACAGCUGUUAGAAUGUCAAUGACAAUAAAUCAGCCUUUUGACACCAGUCUUACUGACAGUAAUAGUGACAAUUACAAAGAUUUAUCUGGAAAAAUAAAAAAAUCCAUUGACACAAGUUAUUCUAAGCAGCUAAAUGGCUACAUUCCUGGAUCUACAGAAGUCAGUGGCUUCAGGCCUGGUAGUGUUAUAGCAGACUACGCAAUAAGUGCAACAUCCAACAACCUUGAUUUUACAGCAGCAAACACAGCACUCUCUGAGUCUCUAAAAGCACAAGGAAUCAUUUUAGCUGCAGAUGCUUUUGCUCAAAGUGAACAAACAGAUUUCACAACAGGUAAUUUAUAUCCUCUGCAAAAGCUGGACCUGAACUGUAUACAGACAGACUUUGCAAAGGGACCAAUAAAAUGGAUAGUGAAUAACAAAGAUCCUGCACUGGACAACACAAGAUACACCCUUUCAAACAACAAUAGCAUUCUCACUGUGAAAAACACUAGUGAAAGUGACAGUGGUCGAUACUCAUGCAUCAUACAAACGGAUACAGUACCAUACAUUAAAUGGCAAAACAUUAUUAUUAAUCAACGCCCCACUAUCUUUGUGGGUGAUGAAUACCAUGUUUCUCCAUGUAAAGACAGCACUGUCCAACUGAGAUGUUCUGUUGAUGCUGGCUACAACGUUGAGUGGGUCCUGAAUGGUGCAGUACAAACAUCAGUACCUGCAUCAGGCUCUGACAUCAUAUUAAACCAUCCUACUAAAAGUGGGGAUUGUAAGGAGGAAACCUUUACAUGCCGUCUCAAGGAUCUGCCACAAUUACUUGCGUACAGUUACAGCUGGAGCAGAGUCACAGUAAAGACAAGCACAGAAAAUUAUGAAUGUUCAAAUGAAGAACUUGGACUUGGAAAAACAAAUGAUGAAAAGAAGGGAAUCUGUGGAAGUGGCUUUAAAGGCACCAUAACUUACAGAUGUGAACCACCUGUUUGGACAAAAGUACAGGACAACUGUAUAGUGGAUGUUAUCUUUAAGCUUAAAAACACAGCUGAGACCUUGCUCGUGGAUGACAUUCCAGAGUUUAUGGCUAACCUCAGUAGUGCCACCUCACAGAAUAAUGUUAAUAUUACGCAGUCUCCUGCUACUGUCCAAGCUAUUGUGGAUAUACUCUUCAAAAUUGCUAAUUUGUCACAAGAUACCGUCAUCAAUAAGCCAGUGAUGGAGAGUUUCCUAAAAACAGUGAACAUCAUUGUAUCAGGUAAUGUCAGUGAUACGUGGAAACAACUGAGCAAAGGAAACACCACAGAAAACACCAGCAUUCGACUUCUGGAUGCUAUUGAGAAGAUAAGUGACCGUCUUAAAGAUGAGUUUUCGAUUAAUGAAACAUCAAUUCAGCUGAACAGAACUACAAUUAAAAACUCAUUCAGUAUAACAUCAACACUGCCAAACUCAACUACAGAGGUUGUAAUACCACAGGUUCCUAAUGUGACUACUGUAACCAUCAUAAUCUUCACAACUCUUGACAAUGUCCUACCUACUCGUGAUACUAAUAAUGACAGUAGGAAAUCAGAUGCGCUUAUAAAUGGAGAUGUGGUUGUUGUUAAGGUGAACCAAACAAUUAACAACAUUUCUUUUGCGUUUGACAUUACUAAUCAGUCUUUGGGAAAUCCUCAGUGUGUCUUUUGGAACUUCAGUCUUGACGGAUGGGAUUCCACUGGAUGUGAAGUAAAGCCCUCAGUGAACGAAACUGGCAAGAUUACAUGUGAAUGCGACCACACAACUUCUUUUUCAAUCCUAAUGUCACCGUUUUCCAUCGAUAACAAAGCCUUAGCCUAUAUAACUUACAUUGGUGUAGCUAUUUCAAUGGCCAGCUUGGUUAUAUGCCUCAUUAUUGAGACUAUUGUAUGGAAGUCGGUAAGAAGAAAUGACACAUCCUAUAUGCGACAUGUGACGAUAGUCAACAUUGCCGUGUCCCUGCUGAUCGCAAACAUCUGUUUCAUCAUUGGAGCCGCAAUCACAGAUCAAGAGCAGCCACCCUCAGUGGGUCGCUGCAGUCCAGCGGUUUUCUUCAUGCACUUUUUUUACCUGGCUCUUUUCUUCUGGAUGUUAAUUUCAGCGCUGUUUCUCUUUUACCGUACAGUCAUGGUCUUGUCCCAAAUGUCAAGGGUCAGAAUGAUGGCCAUAGCCUUCAUAAUCAGUUAUGGUGCACCUUUGCUCAUAGCGGUCAUUACUGUUGCGUCGACAGCUGGACCUCAAAAAUAUAUUUCCCAAAGAGCGUGCUGGCUGAACUGGGAUGAAUCUAAGGCCCUGCUGGCAUUUGUGAUUCCAGCUCUCACUAUUGUAGCCAUAAACCUUGUGGUUUUGAUUGUGGUUCUGUAUAAGAUGUUGAGGAGAGGAGUUGGAGCCACAACUCAACCAGAUGAGAAACAUGCCCUUGUGGUCAUUUUCCGAUGUGUGGCCAUUUUGACUCCUAUCUUUGGUCUAACAUGGGGAUUUGGAAUUGGAACCAUGGUUUCACGUGACUUGGGUGUUCAUGUGGUGUUUACAAUCCUCAAUUCACUGCAGGGAUUCUUUAUUUUGGUGUUUGGAACUCUUUUGGACAACAAGGUUCGUGAGUCACUUCCAGGAAAGCUGUCACUACAGAAACUCAGUUCCAGCAAUACCAAGAGCACCAGUGCAGGACCAUCAUCCACAUCUGGACUCGGGACUUUAUUUCAAAGGAUACGACAGAGGAAUGUGUACAACGUGUCUGCAGCCAACCUUUCCUCACCAGUUACAUCUUCAAAUGACUCAUAUGCCAUUAUGAACACUUAAAAGAUGCUCUAAAAGUGUUUCCUCUACUGCAAUGUCUGUUAAAUGUAGAAUGUCUGCCAUGUUCUGAGAUCAUUAGUCUAAUGAUGAUGUUACAAUGACUUUUUUUAUGACUUCUUUGGGUAAUGUACUGUAAAUGCAGUGUUUAGGGGUAUGGAUUUGGAAAAUUGGGGGGUUUUUUUGUUUUUGUUUUUUUUUACAAAUCAAAUUAGUUUUCUGUGGUUUGUGAAGUUCACAAGUAUAUAUAUAUAUAUAUAUAUGCUUUGUUAUGAUAAAUUCCAAAUGUUUCCAAAAUUUCCAAAUGUUACUUUGGACCGAUAAUAACCAAUAAUUUUACACCUCUGCAUAUUGUAUUUACCUGAGUAGCUUUCUUAAUUUUAUACUUCUUGUAAACUGCUAAUUUAAAUUGUUGGGUCAAAAUCAAAACUAAUAAAAAUGUUCCUUGUCUUAAUUGGAGAGUACACUUUA